CGACAACAGCAGUGUCGGAUCUGUGUAAUCAUCUCUUCUCUUUUAUGCCCGCUCGGUUCUUCCUUCUUUUGUGACUCGUUCUUAUUUGCUGGAUAUCCUCGCCUUUCGAGAGUCCUCACACUCAUUAACAACAUCUUGCGGCACUCUCGACAUACUUGAUAAACCCUCCCGUCCUGCUCUACAUCGUCUCUUAGACUGGACUCGAGUGUUUUCCAUGUACAACAAGAACGUCCCCAACCAACGCACCUAAUAAUCGAGUCACCCUCCCCCAUCCAGACAGUUACUGCUCCGCCAGACACUUGUCGUCCACUCUCUUCCACCCAAGGAACCGAACAAUCACCACCAUCGUUAGGCCGACUGCCAGUCUUGUCGCGAAGCAAACUGUAUUACAAUACCGGAUCCAACCUACCUAAUAUCUAAAACCGGUCAAGCACCACCAACAACCCCAGAGUCCAACUCUAUCAAGCAGAAAUGGACGCUACCAUGAUGCCCCAGGCCAUUGGCCAAGCUCCCUUCUACUUCUACAACCCAGAGGCCAAGAACGAGGUGCGACAACACUUCCAGCAGCAGCAGCCCAUGCAGCAGAUGCCCAUGUAUCCCAUGGUCCCUACACUGCCCUCGACUCCCGUCUACUCGCGACCCAACUCUGCCAGCAACUCGCAGCCUCCCACGCUGUACAGCAACGGUCCCGCCGUCAUGACACCAACUGCCUCGCCCCAGCCCAUGUCCCAUAAGCCUGCCAUCAUGCUGGAGAGUGAGCUGUACGACAACUCGUACUUCCCCUCGACCCCACCACUGUCGACCUCUGGAAGCACCAUCGGCAGUCCCAGCGCCUGCGAGGUGCUUCAGACUCCCAUGAACCCCAUGUUCUCGGGACUGGAUGGCAUGGACGGUAUCAAGGAGGGCCUCGAGCCCGCCGAGACAUCUGUCCUUGACUGGUCCAGCUGCGGAUCCCCUCCCAUGACACCUGUGUACCUCCAAUCUCAACUCGGCAAGGUUCCCUCGCUUAGCAACACCGCCAGCGACCUCUUGUCCACGCCUUCACUCUCGCCUUCGCCUGCUCCCUACGCGCGCUCAGUGACCACUCCUGACCACGACGUCGACUUUUGCGAUCCCAGGAACUUGACCGUCUCUGGUGCCGCCGUUAACGCCCUGACCCCCGAGUUCUCCCUGGUUGACGAGAUCAAGGUUGAGCCCAAGCCUAUCGCUGCUCAGUCCUUUGACUUCAACCCUGCUAUCCCCAACGGCCUGCCCACUUUUGAAGAUUUCUCCGACUUUGAGUCUGAGGACGACUUUGUGAACAGCCUUGUCAACCUCGGAGCUGAGCAGUCUGAUAUUGGUCGCCCCCGUGCCUGCACUGGCUCUUCCGUCGUCUCUCUUGGCCACGGUAGCUUCAUUGGUGACGAGGACCUGUCUUUUGAUGAGAACGAGGCUUUCCAGUUCCCUGCUCUUCCCAGCCCUCCCACUUGCCAGUCUGAGGACUGCCACCAAGACAAGCGCGUCAAGAAGACCCACAAGACCGAGACUGUUGCUGCUCCCGUCAUGAACGUUGCCGCUUCCACCACCCAGUCGGGCAGCGCCCAGCAGACCCCCACCCAGGCUGCUGAUGCUGCCGGCGAUGUCAGCGACUCCAACGCUUCCAGCGGUUCCGAGGCUGCUCCCACUCCUCUUCCCGCUCCCGCCAACCGCCGGGGACGUAAGCAGUCCCUCACUGAGGAUCCCUCCAAGACCUUUGUGUGCGAUCUUUGCAACCGCCGAUUCCGCCGCCAGGAGCACCUCAAGCGCCACUACCGCUCUCUUCACACUCAGGAGAAGCCUUUUGAGUGCAACGAGUGUGGCAAGAAGUUCUCGAGGAGUGAUAACCUCGCUCAGCACGCCCGCACCCACGGCAGCGGUGCCAUCGUCAUGAACCUCAUCGACGAUGACAGCCACGCCUAUGAUACCUCCAUGGUGCCUCAGCCUGCUGGAGAUGACUACAGCGCCUACGGCAAGGUCCUCUUCCAGAUCGCCUCCGAGGUUCCCGGCAGCGCCAGCGAGCUCUCAUCGGACGAGGGUAGCGACCAGGGCAAGAAGAAGCGCAAGCGCUCCGACUAAAUGGUCAUGCCAACAAAACACGACAACAUGAUCGAGACAGUCAGCCGACCAUCUUGAUAUACGCCCGAUACGACGCUGACGACCUUCUUUUUUCUCUUGGCCACUCGCUCGAGUUAGGCGGUGGUAGUAGUAGUAGGGUCACGGAACAAUUUCCAUUUGGGUUACAUCCUUGGGUAAAAGGGAUUCACAGCAAAAAAGAGUGCAAGCGGUUAUGAAUGCAUUUACACAACAUUACAACAAGAACAUCGUCGCAAUACCUGUAUCAACACUUCCAAGACCUCCUUGUUACGCCUGACGACCAGGGAGGAUAUUUGUCGUUUUCUGCUUUUGAUUUCGAGAGUUGCAUCGCGUUUGCCAGCCAACCCGGUCCCCGAGCCGGUUGAGCGAGGCUUCAAUUAUUGGGGGGAAAUUCCAUGGACACAAUUCCGGCGCGAGGGGGAAAAUUUGAAUUUUUUACAUCUGGGGAACCAAAGCUUGCAUCGAAAGAAAGGUGUGAUGGAUGAGUUUUGCCAACCAACGACAAAGACGUCCAUCAAAACUUGGCGGCUUGCCGUUCUUACACUCGUUGUAAUCAUCCCGGGCGGCCAGCAGCUGGAUCAGAGGGCUCGCCGGGACGACGUUAUCACUUGAGACGCGUGGAGGGGGUUGUUGUUUUUCGCAUACAGCUCGGCCACAUUCUUGUGUUUACUCUGCUUCAUUGUCUGUCGUUUUCCUGUUGCUGAAUUUGGAAGAUGUCGAGUACAGGAUGUGCUGGUCACAAUCAUGACAGGCACUUAUCCUCACAACAAAUCAUGUACACUUUUUAGAAACCUUGACACAACAGUCAAAUUUACAAAAUGCUGCCACCAAACUUCAAGUCCUUGUCUUUUGACUG